UAGCCGGCCUGGUCGGCCCGUGAGGCGCCCGCUGGCCGGCCCGGCCCCAGCUCCCCUCGCCGAGCAGCUCGGAGGGCUGCUCUUGACCCUCGUUGACCCCCCCCGAUUCGCUUUCCUUCUUUUCCCCGAAGGUGAGCCCUUAGGUCCAUCGCGGCUGUGCCUGCGACCGCUGGGAACCCGGGAUCCGAGUGUCCGGAGAGUAACCGGAAGUGCUGUCCCAGGCCGAGGGGCGGCGCCCGCGGCUGCGGGGAAUGUUACCUCCCUUGAGAAAUCAAAUUCUCAGGACCAGGAAGUAAAUGCUGCUUAUUUUCCAUCUAGAUUCUAGGGCUGGAAAUACGAAUUAGUGUAUUGGAAUUAGUGUGUAUGAUGGUGAAACCUUGUAGAGACAAACUGCUCGUGACUGAAGGGCCUAACACAGAUGUGUGUCUUAAGGUCUUAUCAAGAAAAUGAUUGUGAAGAAGAUGAUGGUCAAGAGGACCAGUGGAAAACUCCCUAGGACAGAGCCAUAGAAAAUGUACACUUCAGAAGAAAGAUAUAAUCAGAGAACUCAGAAAAGGAAGAUCUAUCAUGUAUGCCCUCAGAAGGGUAAAAAGAUUUUUAUUCACAUGCGUGAGAUCACUCGAAUAGAUGAUCAAAUAUACCAGUGCCUUGACCGUGAACAAAACUUCCGUGAAAACUUAGCUCUUAUUAUGUGUGAGCGAACCCACACUGGGGAGAAACCUUAUAGAUGUGAUAUGUGUGAGAAAACUUUCAUCCAAAGCGCAGAUCUUAUUUCACACCAGAGGAUCCACAACUAUGAGAAACCUUAUAAAUGUAGCAAAUGCGAGAAGAGCUUUUGGCACCACUUGGCCCUUUCAGGACACCAGAGAACUCACGCAGGUAAAAAGUUCUACACGUGUGACAUUUGUGGCAAGAACUUUGGUCAGAGCUCUGACUUGCUUGUCCACCAGCGAAGCCAUACGGGCGAGAAGCCGUACCUGUGUAGUGAGUGUGAUAAAUGCUUCAGUCGAAGCACAAACCUCAUAAGGCACCGAAGAACUCACACAGGUGAGAAACCAUUUAAGUGUCUGGAGUGUGAAAAAGCUUUUAGUGGGAAAUCAGAUCUUAUCAGUCACCAGAGAACUCACACCGGUGAGAGACCCUACAAAUGUAACAAGUGUGAGAAAAGUUACCGACACCGUUCAGCCUUCAUUGUUCAUAAGAGAGUUCAUACUGGGGAGAAGCCGUACAAGUGUGGUGCCUGUGAGAAAUGCUUUGGCCAAAAAUCGGACCUUAUUGUGCACCAGAGGGUCCACACGGGCGAGAAGCCGUAUAAAUGCUUGGAAUGCAUGAGAAGUUUUACUCGGAGUGCUAAUCUAAUCAGGCACCAAGCAACUCACACUCACACUUUUAAAUGCCUUGAAUAUGAGAAAAGUUUCAGCUGUAGUUCAGACCUUAUUGUGCAUCAGAGAAUCCACAUGGAAGAGAAACCACAUCAGUGGUCUACGUGUGAGAACGGCUUCCUCCUAGGCAUGGACUUUGUGGCCCAACAGAAAAUGAGAACUCAGACAGAGGAGCUACAUUAUAAAUACAGUGUGUGUGAUAAAAGCUUCCACCAGAGCUCACCCCUUCUUCAACAUCAGACAAUGCACCUUGGUGAAAAACCAUAUAUCUGUAACGUGGGUGAGAAAGGUCUCCAACUCAGCCCUCCUCAUGCAUCAGAGGCCUCACAAAUGUCUUGACCAGACAAGACAUUAAAAUACCAUUAAAAAUGCAUUUACAUGUCAAAGAACUCACUAAGAUGAAGAACUCAAGUCAAAUCUCAGAUUUCUUCAGACUUCAGUGGGGACCAGGGAAUCUGCAGUCAGAAGUGUGAGCAGUGCUUGCUCAGUGAGCUGCCUAACAGACAGCAUAGCAGUCUCCCCCGUGAGAAACCUUACCAACACCUGGGUUUUGGAAAAACCUGGUAUAGUCAAAACACGAAUUUCAUCACAGGAGGAUUCAUACAGAUAGGAAGCCUCACAAAAUGCAGUGAAUGUGAGCGAAUUUUCUAGCAGUGUUUACCCCUUCUCAUUCCAAGAGAAUUCACACCAGAGGAUGACUUUUUAAAAUGCUCUCAGUGUCUGCAACGCUUCAGACAGUAUACAUAUCUCAUGGAACUUCAGAAAACCCACACUGGGGAGAAACCCCAGCAAAAGUGUGGGAAGAAACUUCCAAAAGAACUAUAACUUCCUUAUCCAUCAGUGAAGCCAUAUUGGGAAGAUUUGUAUAUUUGUCUUGAAUGUGGCAGAGACAUGGAGAGCCUUCUUAGGUUUGAGUAACGACCUUGCAAAGCCUCUGAAAGACAAAAACUUCUAUCCAUGAUCAGCUCUUGUAGUGGCACAGAAGGGAAUUCACGUAGGUAAAAUACCCAUUCACUCUAAUACCUGGGGUCUGAAAAACCUUGCUUAGAAACUCCUACCUUAUUGGAUCCCCACAAGAACCUCCUCUGCAGAGAACUUUGCUCUCGUGAGAGAUUGAAUUAUGGACUUUGUACAUAUAAUAGGUAUGAGAAGAACUGUUCUCAUAGUUCGUGGACUCACAUGGUAGAGAUGACUUUUAAUGGACUCAGUAUGUCAGCAGUUUUUUCCAUACCCAGACGCUUGUUCUGGGAGGCGCUCUGGGGCAGGUCAGAGUAGGCCUGAUGGGUAACUCAGGUAAAGAUUCUUUUCUUUUAUCUGAACCACUUAAUGAUUGCUUUACUUUCACUUUUUAAAAUUUGGAAAUCCAAUAAAGGAAAGGACUGCAACCUUGUGACAGAAGGUGUGGCAUGUGUGACUGUGGGGGAAGGAAUGUAUACUGACUUUGCCUCUGAUGAUUUUGUUUUUUAUGUUUGGCUAGAGUGGGAACUAGUGUACUGGUAGAAGCAUGGGAACUUCCGCUGGUAGUGAAAAGUACUGAGCAACUGGGGAGUAGUUAUCCUAGAUCCAAACUCUCCCAAGAGUUUCCCUUUGGCAGGUCAGCCUCAUCAAGAAACAGAAUUUCAGCUUUUUGCUUAUUAGCGUGAGUGAAGGCCUAACCUUGGAAGUUUCCUUUUCCCUAAAAUAUCUCAGAGGGCCACUAGCCUUUGAAAUUUCAGCUUCAGGUAUUCAUUUCAGUUCAGAAAUGCAAAUUCCAGAACAGUUAGGAUGUGACCCAUAUCCAUAUUUUUGUGAUUUAAUUUAUCAUGUCUCUUUCAAUGGUAUUACACCUUCAUAAGCUCCAGGCAAAUGAUUAAAGGGAGACAAAGAUUUAAGCCUGAGCAGCACAGAGUCAAACACUUAAUGGUGUUCCUCAGAGGAAGAUGUUUUCUGUAGUUAUCCUGACUCCAUUAUCCUGCUGCGUAUUGCAGAUAAACCCCCAUAAUGAUAAGCCUUUCAUUUAUUCAGUUCUGCCAUAGAAAAAGAAAUAGACUUUUUAUCACCAGACCUGCAGUCAUCACAACAUAAGGUACAUACUUUGCUUGGAGUGCAGGAUUCUAAAUGCCUGAAGGGACAGGUAGUUGGCAGAUUCAUCAGAGGUUUAAGCAGAAGCACUUUUCUCCUAGUUAACAAGAUAAUUACGAUUACCAUUAACAUUUCCUGGAACUACUAUCAUUAACCCAGUGAUUUAUAACUAGACACUUGUGAGGGUUUAUUUCUUUCUUCCCUUGGAAUAAAGACAUUUAAUAUAAAUACUUAAGAUUCCUGCAUUAUUUGGGACUGUAGAUCGGUGAAUAAAUAUUUUAUUGCUAGUCUGAGACUUCUGAUUGGUCUCCGAAAGCGCUCGAGACCUCCCAGGGACACUGGCAUUUAGACUCAAGGAGGUGGCUGGCUGCUACCUCGCCGGUGACUCUAAGCUUUGCUCCUAAGUGGCCGCUGUGUCACCUUAGAGUCAGUGGAUAGAGCUCUUAGUGAUCAUAAGGAGUCAGUUCUAGAGUGGUUUUUCUUUUAAAAACAGAUCCAGGAAGUUUAUUUGCUGUUACAUUUUUAGUGAUUUUCAUAAAUAGCUCUUAGGCCAUGAAAAGUGGCCCAGUGUGAUAAAACAUACAAGAUGGAUUUUUUUUGUUUCUCUUUGGUGAAAAUCAUGCCUAUCACUAGUAUAUGUUUGAGUGUUGUAAUACUUAAAAUAGUAUUGGGUGUAUGGCAUGGUGGUGAUGAAAAUUAGUCCUUAUGGCUACAUGUUAGUCAUUAGAAUUUGGAGUAGGAGGCAGAGUUGUUAUCACUGGCAAGGCUAUGACUUAUCCUCUUUCAACUAACCUUACUGGUAAUUGUCUCUAGUCGUUGAAUAAAUUAAGGAUGGACCAUCCCUCAAGCAGAGAACUCUGGGGGUACGAAACAGGUCUUUUAAUCUGGUCUUUGAGGACUUUUAACCACAGAGGAAAAGGUGUUGAUGCUUCAUACGUAGCGCAACCUGAGGUUGGGGAGGUCUACUGGGGAGCCUGUAACCAAAACUAGAAGGUAACUUCUGGGACGGAUGAAGGUUCUCUUGAAACAGUGCCAACCUAAAUCUACCUCAGGUAAGUAGUUAGAGUAACUCAAGAUUUCAGACCAAACGAAACACUUGUAUCCAGUCAAUGUAUUCCUAUGCUUUAAUGUUUUUGUUGUCCCUUAAUUCUUAAAUAAACAUUUGUCCUGAAAAACUCCACUUUUGUUUCCACUGUUGUAAGCAAAAGCAUUUCCCCUACACUUGCCUUUGAGGAAUCCUCACAGUGCACACUCUGUCCAGUCACAACACCCACCUUAAACAUAAAUAAUCUUAUUUGUACAUUUUUCCUCAGUAACGCUGACAAUAGAGAUUGAUGUGACCCUUAGGCUGAGUGCUGGUGAUAACUGUCCUAUCUCUAAGUCUUAGAGGUUAUUGAUGCUCAGGCAGAAUGAACAGAAUCCCAGAAGGUACAUCGUGGACGUUCUGCUAUAGAUGUUGGAUCCUUUUGGCGCCUCCGGCUGCAUUAUAAAUACCCCAGGGAGGAAUAAUAGUUUAACAGGGGCCAAAACUCAGUACUAGCAAAUCAUCUCUUGUUUAUGUAAGUAACAGACAUCCUCAGAAUUAAGGAAAAUCUGAACACACUCAUGGCUCCAAUUUUACAUGUUCCCACCUUGUCUGAUCAUUUGGUGGAGUGGGGCAAGGAAGGUAACGUAAAAACAGCCAGGGAGCUACCCAUGUGGCGCAUCAGACCUCUCCUGUCUCACCCACUGCUCCCCUCAGCAGUGUAUUUAACUCUAUCUACGUAUUCUCCUUACCCUGUGUCUGGUGAAUCCUCUCACCCCGCCCCCAUACCUCUGGCCUGUACCCCAGUUC